UAAUGUCUCUCCCCUCUCUUGGCAGCGUAAUUUGAUCUUUCUUUCUUUCUUUCUUUACCUAUCUAUUAUCAUUACUUUAUACUGUAUACUGUAUAAUUUGUAUAGUAUAUAAGCUAUUAAUUAUUAUGUUUAAAUCUUUGUUGUAGGCAAUUGUUGGGAUGCCCCUCGUCGCGUGACUUACUGGCUAAUCUAUCCCGGAACUCCUUGCUAUCCAGCCGCAUGUGUCACGUGCACGCGAACCCCCGAUUUUCCGAUUAAGCUUUAUUUUAGAUAAACCCCUCCUUUUAUAUGGUUGGAUGAACUAAAACUGGAAGACUAUAUAAGGUGAUAAAUUGUGAGCCAUUGAAUUGAAAAAAUUUUGUUAUUUCUAUAUACCUCCAUAAUAGUAACUGAUUAAAAUGCUUUCAACAAUUAGACAGUCAAAAUUCAUUCAUCGUAGUAUAAGAUCAUCGAUUACUCUCCCAAUUUUGUCAAACUUGAGUUCAAGAAAUUCAUUAAGAUUUAAUUCUGGUAGUGUUCAAGAUAAUUUUCAUCGACCUGAUGUUGCUGGAUCGGAUGAUGCAGCCGAUGCAGCGGAUGCUGCUGCCACUAUAUUAGCUGAUUCAAGAGAUAGUCAAAAGCAACCAAAUAAAGUUACUUGGAUUGAUGCAUUAAGAGAACGAGAAAAACAAUUAAAAGAAGGUAAAGUUCUUGAUAGUUAUAGUUAUGUAACACCUAAGACAACUGAAAUUAGUGAAAAGACUCGAGCCGAUUCAUUUUCUUAUUUAAUUUUACCAUUUAAAGAAGAUCAAUGGUUAUGUGAUGCAUAUAUAAAUGCUUAUGGUAGAUUAAGAGCAGGACAAUUAUUUCAAGAUUUAGAUGCUUUAGCAGGUAGAAUUGCUUAUAGACAUUGUUCACCUGCUGAACCAGUCAAUGUUACUGCUAGUGUUGAUAGAAUUUAUAUGGUUAAAAAAGUUGAUGAAAUUAGUAAUUAUAAUUUUGUUUUAGCUGGUGCAUGUACUUGGACUGGUAGAUCAUCAAUGGAAAUUACGGUUAGAGGUUAUGCAUUUGAAGAUAGUGUACCAGAAAAUAUUACUGAAGAUACUUUACCAAAAUCUAAUAUAUUUUUAACGGCAAAUUUUACAUUUGUUGCAAGAAAUCCAAUUACUCAUAAAUCAUUUGCAAUAAAUAGAUUAUUACCAGUUAAGGAACAAGAAUGGUUAGAUUAUAGAAGAGCAGAAUCUCAUAAUGCCAAAAAGAAACUUGCAGGUAAAAAGGCAACAUUAAUUCAACCAACUGAUGAAGAAAAUAGAUUAAUUUAUGAUAUGUGGUUAUCAUCAAAAUCAUUUGAAAAUAGAGAACAUCCAAAGGGAAUUGAAUUUAUGAAAGAUACUAAAAUAUCUUCAACAAUUUUUAUGCAACCUCAAUAUAGAAAUAGACAUUCCUAUAUGAUUUUUGGAGGUUAUUUAUUAAGACAAUCAUUUGAAUUAGCUUAUUGUUGUGCGGCAGGAUUUUCAGGAGCAGGUCCAAGAUUUGUUUCAUUAGAUUCAACAACUUUUAAAGCUCCUGUACCGGUAGGUUCAGUAUGUUCAAUGGAUGCUUCAAUAUCUUAUACAGAACAUAUUCAUGAAGGUCCUGAAGAUAUUGAUGCCGAUUCUCCAUUUAAUUUUAGAUUACCUGCAACAAAUACUUUAUCAAAAAAUCCUGAAGCAUUUUUAUCGGAACCAGGUACUUUAAUUCAAGUUAAAGUUGAUACAAGAAUUAGAAAUGUUGAUACUGGUGAAGGUAAAGAAUCAGGAACUUUUAUUUAUUCAUUUUUUGUUCCCAAGGAAUCUUAUGGAAAUGGUAAUAAUAAGAAUGGUUAUACAUCAGUAAUUCCUCAAACUUAUUCAGAAAUGAUGACUUAUAUUGGAGGUAGAAGAAGAGCUCAAGAUACGGCUUAUUAUGUUGGUACAUUACCUAAGCCAACUACAACUACAACUGAUUAACUAAAGUAAUUAAGUAAUCGAAUAUAUUAUACAGGCUACUAAUAAAUAUAAAAACAACACUAAAAACGACGUAGAGAAUCCGGAAA